AUGCCCGGACUAAAGGUCGUCGCCUUAAUAUCUGGAGGAAAAGACUCCUUCUUCUCUAUCCUCCACUGCCGUGCAAACGGACACGAGGUCGUCGCUCUCGCAAAUCUGCAUCCAGCCAUCCAGAAUGGCGAGCGCUCCGAGGACAUUGACAGCUACAUGUAUCAGACCAUAGGUCACAGCAUUAUCCCGCUCUACGAACAAGCACUAGGUCUUCCACUCUACAGACAGGAAAUAUUGGGCGGAGUUGUGGAUAGUAACAAGAGCUAUGCUUCUCCCGCAACCACCCAACAGAGCCAGCAAGACGAGACGGAAAGUCUGGUGCCUUUGUUGCGUAAAGUCAUGGCUGCGCACCCCGAGGUCAAUGCUGUGAGCACUGGAGCCAUUCUUUCGGACUACCAGCGCACUAGAGUGGAAUCGGUGGCUAUCAGGUUGGGCCUGGUGCCUUUGUCUUAUCUAUGGCAGUAUCCUUUCUUGCCGCCGUAUACGGAGACUUCGCUGUUGGAUGAUAUGGCUGCUGCUGGACAGGAUGCGCGUAUCAUUAAAGUCGCCUCCGGAGGACUUGACGAUGGCUUCUUGUGGGAGAAUGUAGCAAACUACCGCACAAAGACUAGGCUUGUGCGGGCGAUGGAGAGGUUCGGCAUUAUUGGGGAUGGUGCUGCGCUUGGUGAAGGAGGAGAGUUCGAGACCCUCGCGAUCGAUGGCCCAUGGCCACUGUGGAAGAAUUCAAUUCAGACUGAGGAUGAUGAUAGGAUGGUCGUGGCUGGGGAAGCGGGAGCUGCAUCUGUGAAGAUCAGGACUGCACGAUUGGUGCCUAAAGAGCCGUCCUCAGAUUUCUCAUAUGAGCAACUGCGGAAACCAACAACACUGGACGACAAGUUUACAGCUUUGAACUCGCGAUUGGACGAGAUAGUCGAAGAGAUUUCAACGACAUCCGAUAAAGCAGCAGAGACAACAGAAGCUCUCGACCAGACUUCAGGAUGGACGACUCAAACUACAGACACUUGCACGAUCAUCUCAAACGCAAUGGCAGAAGGAAACUCAGCAGGAGAGCAGAUGACCAAUAUCAUGACCCGCUUGGUAAACGACUACAAGGUCAACCCCUCCUCGAUUGCCUUCACCACCAUUCUGUUACGAAGCAUGUCCGAGUUUGGUGCAGUAAAUCUGGCAUAUGGAUCUCAGUUCAUCACACCGAACCCACCAGCCAGAGUCACCAUCGCUUGUGGCAGCACACUCCCGACUGACACUCACGUCUCUCUAUCAGUUGUAAUUCUGCACGACGACAUAGUAGCACAGAAGCAAGGUCUCCACGUGCAAUCUCGCUCAUACUGGGCUCCAGCGAACAUCGGCCCCUACUCUCAAGCCAUCGUGACACCAUCUCCUACCUCCUCCUUACCCCAGCUCAUCCACAUCGCUGGACAAAUCCCUCUCGACCCACCUACCAUGGAGUUCCCAGCACAAGGAGAUCUAACCCCAGAAGCACACUUUGCAACCCAAGCCAUUCUCGCACUCCAACAUCUGUGGCGCAUCGCUCAAAUCAUGCAAGCUUCACAUUUCCUCGGCGCUGUUGCGUUUAUCGCUGCAAACUCGACUACAUCCACACAAAGCCGAGUGUCCGCCGCACUGCAGAGUUGUAAACUGGCCCAUCAACCACCUGUCACAGAAGAGGCAGAAGACGAAGAAGACGAGCACUUCGAUGUGUGGGAUCAACGUCAAUUUGGUGGCAACUCAGGAACUAAUGUGACGUCUACUUGUCGCAAAGAUAUCGUGAAUACAUCUGUGCCGCCAUGUUUUGUUGCUGAGGUGGAGAGUUUGCCCAGAGAUGCUCCGAUUGAAUGGGCGAGUGUUGCUAUCAAGGCUUUUGAUGGUGCUGUAGAGACUAAAGGUAAGCAUCAUUCGUCACUUUCGAGGGUUUGUCUAUCUUGCUGA